GUCACCACACCAGGUCAGCAGAGAUAAGUUGGUCAGGCAUAUUCCCCAGGAGUGCAUUUUAGCGGUAGGUAUUCUUUGCAAUUUCUAACCUAAAUCCUAGAAUCCUGUUUGGUUCGCGAUCCCUCAUAUUCCGCAUGAUGGCCAGAUGUCGUCUAGCCCCUUCUCGCACUUUUCUCCUCCUCCUAUUGGUUCUUCCCUUCGCCGCAUUCCGAAGAGCUUCGGCGGUUCGAUUCACGCUUGACCGCUUCGAUUGCCUGUCGUACUACGUGCAUUACGUCGGCGACGACGUGCAUGGAAACUUCGUCGUCGUCAGUUCGCAAACGUGGGGCGACUGGGAGUCUCUCGGCGUCGACAUCGUUGUAGAAGACCCCGACGGCUACCACGUGCACUCGGCGCAGGGCCAGACGGAGGGCGUGUUCUCGUUUGAGUCGAUGAGGGAGGCGACUACAAGGUGUGCUUCACCAACAAGUCGCCCGUCAACGAGGAGAUCGUGUUUGACCUGCAUGUGGGCACCACUUCACUGAAAAGGAGCUGGCCAAGGAAGAGCACGUGGAGCAAACGAGGGACAAGGCAAAGAACCUGUACGAGCGGGUGAUGCUGCUGUCGCUGCAAUCCAGAUUCCGACACAAUCAGGCAGAGCGGCUAAACGAAUUGGCUAAGACCACCACGUGGAGGCUUGUCUUCAAGACCGCCGUCCAAUCGGGAGCACUCAUUCUUUGCAGCUCAAUCCAAGUGAGAUGCUACAGUGCUAUUCAGGUGAUGCUACAGCUAUUCAGGUACUUGUACGUGCUCUUCAGGUGAUUCUACCAUGCUACUCAGGUGAUAGUACUGUGCUAUCCAGUUGAUUCUGCAGCGCUAUUCAGGUGAUGCAACAGUGCAGUGCAGUCCAGGUGAGGGAUUCUGCUGAUUCUUCACAGCAAUGUAUAUGUCAAACUAAUUUGGAAGGGCCUAAGGGAUAAAACAAUGGUUGCAUUGCUGCACUGCCCUCACAAUGGUCAUCUUCCUCUUUC